GGAGGGGCCGUCUCAAAAGUCUCUCCUUCCCCUGCAGGGACAGACGGCGAGUCCUGGAGCGAGCAGAGGGUGUCAGAGGCAGGGGCCCGAAGAAACAAAGUUCCCGGGGCUUCUCCAAGGCCGCUGUCCGGGUUGCCCGUGCGGCCGCCCCACUCCUCGAGAAGGCAAUGGCUUCCAAACUCCUGCGCGCAGUCAUCCUCGGGCCGCCCGGCUCUGGCAAGGGCACCGUGUGCCAGAGGAUCGCCCAGAACUUUGGACUCCAGCAUCUCUCCAGCGGCCACUUCUUGCGGGAGAACAUCAGAGCCAACACGGGAGUUGGUGGUAUGGCAAAGCAGUACAUAGAGAAAGGUCUUUUGGUUCCAGAUCACGUGAUCACACGCCUGAUGAUGUCGGAGUUGGAGAACAGGCGUGAUCAGCACUGGCUACUAGAUGGUUUUCCUAGGACAUUAGUUCAGGCUGAAGCCUUGGACAGAAUCUGUGAUCUGGAUCUCGUGAUCACUCUGAACAUUCCAUUUGAAACACUCAAAGAUCGUCUCAGCCGCCGUUGGAUUCAUCCUCCCAGCGGAAGGGUCUAUAACCUGGACUUCAAUCCACCUAAUGUACAUGGGGUUGAUGACGUCACUGGUGAACCGUUGGUCCAGCAGGAGGAUGAUAAACCUGAAGCAGUUGCUGCCAGGCUGAGACAGUACAAGGAUGUGGCAAAGCCAGUCAUUGAACUGUACAAGAGCCGAGGAGUGCUCCACCAAUUUUCCGGAACAGAGACUAACAAAAUCUGGCCCUAUGUUUACACGCUUUUCUCGAACAAGAUCACACCUAUAGAGUCCAAAGAAGCAUACUGAGCCCACCUGGAGGAAGAACCAUGAGAAGUGGUCAUUCUCUCAAUUAUGUGUGUAGUACUGGUGCCGUGUUUCAAUUAGAAGCUAGCUGAGAUAGCUUGCGUCUUUUCUAGUUUAAGUGGUGAUCUGAUAUAAAAACUAAUGAGGAAAAAGAGUUAAUGAAGAGGCUCCUCUCUGACUUUCAAAACAAGGGUCAUCUAGACAUGUUGAAGAUGUCUCUGCACAUGUGCCAAACCCUUCACAAGAAAGCCAGUGCAGGCUGGAUUUCAAACGGUGUAUAUCCCCAGCUCUAUCUGUUUUUUGACAGUCAUGUUGUUGCCAUAGUAGCAGCCUUUUUACCCUUGAUGGUGGUGCUCUCUGGUUCUCCCCAACCCCUAAAGGCUGUCGAACCAUAGCACCAGCAGGUCUGGGAAUGCCAAGGGCUGUUGCCUGGGCUUUGUCCCACGUUCUCUGGUAUAUGCCCCUCUGGAGGCAAUGAGGUCGAAGCCAAUAGCUCUCGAUUUUGAAUGACUGUAUCCACGUUUAUUUUUUCUGUUAGGAAAACCUCCUUUUCUGAGUCCAUGCACCAUAGGGUCUCUCCUUUUUCAGCAAUCCAGGAAUGAAAAGAUUUGGCUUCUGCUAUGUUUAUUAGGCUGUAUUUUUUUUUACAUCUGUUUCUUCCCUUCCUAGGCUAUUAAAUUAUAUGGAUACUUAUUGCUUUUAUCCCUCUGAAAUUCCUUUCUAAGAGCUGAGAGCUAGGGGAUGAUGUCAAAUCACUUCAUGCACCAGAACCUGAGCUCUUGGAGGGUCUCCUUAUACUGCUGGUCUGACGCUCAUGGGUGGACAUCAUUCCUUUUUUUUUUUUGUGCAAAAAUAAAAUCCUCAGAGGAUUUUUUAAAUCCUCAGAAAGUAAGAAAUAUUCACCUACAGAAAUGUUAAAAGAUCGUAUCAUCUGUACCUGACUAAAAUAAUAGUUUACUUUUUAUUCAAGAUAAAGAAAAUGUGUUUGAAAAUGCUGCUAAAUGUAAAUGUGGACAGUGUUUUUCUCCCGUGAGUGACCCAUGCUUGUUAUGAGUGGUUGGUAAGGGGAAUGGAGCCUGUGCGGUUGAGGAAACGUGUUGCACUGGCUGUGCCUAGGCGACGUAUACAGCUUUACAAUUAUGAGAAAAUAAAAUCUUAAUUUUUUUUUAUUCCAAAGAUUCUACAGGGUGGCCAUAAAGUCUAAAGAUACAGAUAACACUAUUUUGUCAUUCAUCAUAAUGUAAUGUCAAUAAAUCAUUUGUUAAGGAUUUGCUUGGUUUCUAGACUUGGUGGCCACCUUGUAUAAUUAAUUCUUGUUCUCCUCUGGGAAGGACAAUGAAAUCUAUUCCUGCUGCCUUAACAAUAAGUACUCCUCUUCAUGCAUUGUGAUUAUCCCCAGAAAGGGUCCCUUACUAUUCCUGGGAGUGACUUCAGAGUAAUCAUUGCUUUUGGAGUUUGGGGUGGAGGUAUAGAAAAUGGGAAAUGGCCUGAUCCCCGAUUCCAUACUCUACUCCUCCACCCUUCACUCUCUUCCUUCUCCCUUCCAGCAAAAUAGACAGCUUCAGUCAGUGUCAGGGUCACUCAGUGUGUCUCAGCAGUGUUUGCUCUUUCUGAGAUUGCCCAGCAAUGAGGGGCCCUUUGCUAGAUGAUAUCAAUAAAAUACAAACACCUUUUCCGUGGUCUCUGAAAGACGAUGCGUGUUUCAUGUUCAGUGGCCUAAAAUAUAUAUUUCUGGUUUUCUUCAACAAACUCCUUCAAUGAUUUUGACAAAGAUUAACUUUUUGUAAAAAGAUUAAAUUUUUUAGAAAAGUAAAUAUGAGAAAAGUAAAAUUCAAGGAACAGCUUUUUUUUUUUUGGUUUUCAUUCUACUGAUACACACGUGGUUCCUUCCCUGUUAGGCAGAAAUAGUUUGGAUAGUCUCUUAAGAUUUAUACCUGUCCUUACAGUCUGUGAUUCUAACCAGCUCUGAAUUCAUUUUGCUUUCCAUUAUCCUGACAGGCUUAUUUAGACUUGAAAAUGUUGCUGUGUUUAAUACCCUUGCCAACAUAAAAUAGGUACCAUUUAUCAAAGGCCUACUGAGUGAUAUAUGCAGUUUUUAGACCUUUAUAAAUACAGGGUGGAACGGAAGUAGGUACAGUUGCUUAUAUGGAAAAUAAUACAAUAAUUAAUAAAUAAUAAUACAAGAAUAAACUGUGCUUUGUGUACUUGCAACUGAAGCCUACUUUUGCCCUGUCCUGUAUUUCAUCCUGUGAACAGGCACCAUCCUACAUUUAUAAAAGAAGAAGGCAAGGUCACAGAUGUGAAGUGAUUUGCCCAGGUUCCUGCUGCCCAUAAAUAGUGCAGCCAGGGCUCACACUGAGGUUUUCCUGACUCUGCUACCUGAGUUUGCUCUUGGAUGUUAACUUCCUGUUUCCUGUUCCAUGCAGCCCAGGACACAAACCUGCUUGGUUUUGCUUGUAUUUAAGAGCAGCCUCACAUCAAAUGUAACAGAGUUCCCUGUGAUGACAUUUAGGUUUAUAUGAUACUGUUCUUAUUCCCUGUGCUUAAGCAAAGGGAGCUGCUACAGGAAAAUCUGAGCCCUUGGCCCUUCUCUGUAACUACUAAUUUAUGAAUAAAAUGAAAGGCUAUCAAUGUAGGCUGGCUUGAAUCCCGGCUAAUCUGAGAAGAAGGCGAGCUCAUGUGCCUCACUUACCCUUUUGUGUCCAUGGUUUUGUGCCCCUAAAGGGACCUUUACCUUUCAGCCACCCUCAGCCAUGGUGCUCACACAUAGGCCUGAGCUCCUGAGAUUGGAAUAAGUCACUCCUCACCGCCACCCCAAAUAAGGCCCUGAUAAUAAACUGAUCCUCCUUAAAGUGCUGGCAGAUGAACCAAUGGUGACUGUGCACCUAACACAGGGUAACCCUGACUUUAUACCAUCUCCCUAUAUUAUAUCACACUUUAAUAUGAUUCUGAAUGCCAAGUUCACCCCUUUGCCCGCCAUCUGAUCUGGUAGUGCUGCUUCUCAUGCACAGUUCUGGCAGAACCAAGGGAGACUGGCUUUCUGUCUUACCCACCUUACACAGCAUUGCUCCCCAUCACCCUCCAGGAGCCAAGUUCAGACGAGCUCUAGCUUCAGCCAGGUUAUGCCCACUCUUUGGCAGGGAAGGGAAAAAGUGAUAAUAGCAAUGGGUGAGAGAGCUGCUGCUGUGGCUUUUCCUGCCACUUAAAUUGUUGUUGAGACAGGAUAAUGUUAGAGGGAUGCCCGCGCAAACCCAUAAAUAGGGCUUUUAUCAAAUUUAGUUCACUGGAACCUGAGUUUAGUAUAUGACUUAGCUGUUUGUCUAAAUAGUUUACCAGUCUGUUGGAGGUCUUUGCUCAAAUCAUGAAGACCACAGACUUCCCAGUGUUAUGGUAUAGGCAUUCCUAGCAGUUGCUGGUAAUUGCUACUUCAUGCUAAGCACAUUACAUGCAUUGUCUAAUUAAAUCCUUAACAAUUACCCUAGGUAAUAGAUAUGAUUUCAAUUAUAUUGCCUCCUUGCAUUUAAAAACUGAAAUAAUCCUGUUUACAUAAACUUGGGCCUUUUUGGUACCCUUCUUUAGUUUGCACUCUCUGUUCUCAUUAAUGGAUAAAACAAUGUAUUUGCUCCCACCUGGAGUCUUUGUUUUUGGUGCUCUGGUGCUGAGAGGAAAUGGGCACUCAAUGCGUCCUGGUGGUAGUUACACACUGUAUAGACAGAGGGCAUAAUGUCUCAUCUGUACUCUGCCUGGGUUACGGGAUCUUGGGAGGCAUCUGUAUGCACCUGAUGAAUUUAAUUUCUUACCUUUCAUUUAACAGAAAGUAUCUUUUCUUGCUGCAACUAAUUUUGCCAGAGAGGCAAUUCAUAAGGCAGAGUCAUGUUCACAGUACGAAUUGCUUCUCUCUUCCCCUCCAUUUUUAGUAACUCCCUUGUCUAUUGGUGUCUCAAAAGAAGAACCCAGAAAUGGAGAUUUCUUUUAAUACAGAAAUGUGGUCUGGUCCUAAGUUAUCAGCCCUUUCCAUAGAAAACUGACCCAGUCUGGUUUCCAGAGGAGAAGUGUGCAACACACAGAUGUCGGGGAACCAUGAAGCCAUAUUUCAGCUCAGAAGAAAAAUCUGCUUCCUGCAUCUGUUCAGAUAUAUUAUAAUUGCAAUUGUUUAUAAAUGCCAUACCUUAUCUUUCUUUUAACAAAUUGCACAACUCUUGCCAAAAUAAAUGCCAUUAUGUGUAUGCUUCAGGGAAUUCCCCAAUUAGUGUGUGUGAGAGAGAGAGAACAAGAAAGAGAUAGAGAUGGUAAAACAUUUCCAAAAGGGAGAAAGUUUUUGUAUGAUGUGGAUAGUCCUUCCUUCCUUCCUUUAGUGAUAAUUAGGCAAUUCCAGGAAGUUCAGUAUCUCUGAAAUAAAAGAUUUCCUGUUUAAAACUUUUCAAAGGAGCAGUGCACCUAGAAGAUUCUCCCUAGGGUUAGUGUGUGUCUAACUCCAUUUCAUUAAACCUUUCUUUUCUUUAUUUUAAAGCUUUGGCUGUAAAGUCAGAAGUGUACUAAAUAAAAACAAAUUGACAUGUUUAAUUUAAAGAAAAGAGAAGAAAAAUGAAAACUGAGUCUUUAUGUAAGCUCCAAAGUGUUAGGGUUUAGAGAGCUUUUCUAGUUUUAUGAGAAUUUGUACUACUGAUUUUUAUAUACUCUUGUUUUUGAGAUGAACAGAUCUCUGGGGGGAAAUUGUUGAGUUCCAAUGGCAUUUCACUGUGAUCCCUCUCAAGCUCAAAUCACUUCUCUAACCUAAGGACAGCUUGUGUCUUUGGUUAACCGUCCUGUGAAAUGUCAGCUCCACUUUCCCAGAAGUCAUGUGUUUACGAUGAAUCAGUGCUUUCCCUCUGUGUGAAAGUCGUCAGCCCGCUUGAUUUGUGUGUAUGUGCUUAAUUCAAAGUAUCUGAACCUGACCUGUAAAUGCUCUUCUAACUGUUAAUUGUCUUAUUGAUUAUUUUGAUUAUCUUGCUUGAAGAUUAUUCAUACUUUUAAUUUGAUAUAAAUAAAGUUGUUUUCUGCUUAUAA